GCAAACAGAUCUAAGAAAAUGAAAUUCUUCAUCUUGACUUUGGCUUUGGUUGGCUGUGUGGCCGCCGAAUCGGGCUAUAACUACAAUGCCCCCCGUCAGUUCGCCGCCUCUGCUCCGGCUCCCGUCUUCCAGCAGGCUGCCUCUGCCCCCGCUCCCGUGAGGACCUAUGUGCCCCCAGCUGCCCCCGCUGCCUCCGCCCCUGUGCAGAGCAUCGCCCCUGCUCCCGUUUUCCAGCAGGCCGCCUCUGCCCCGGCUCCACAGAGGACCUAUGUGCCCCCUGCUCCCCAGGUUCAUCACCAUGCCGCCGCCUCUGCUCCCGCAGCUGUUCAGUCGUUUGCCCCUGCUCCUGCUCCAGUGGCCGCCCCUGCCCCUGCUCCCUCCUUUGCCCCUGCUGCCCCCGCUCCUGCCUUCGAGUCCUCGGGUCCUGUCUUCGAGGCCGCCGCCUCCGCCCCCUCGGCCGCCCGUUCGGGCUACGAUUAUAGUCAGCCCGCCGCCUCCAGCAUCUCCAGCGCCUCCAGCCAGCAGGGAUACAAGUACAAGACCGUUCGUCGUCGUGUCUUCAAGCACCGCGCUUAA